GUACAUUUUUGAAUUUCAGUUUGUGACAUUUGCAUGAUGCAUGUCAGAUGUUUUUGAAUGGUGAUGCUUUGUGGGAAAAUGCAGACUUUCUUAAUCCACUUACCACUUUUCAUAAAUCAUAAAUGGUUGCCAGAGCUUUACAAGUAAGGGGUGCUCUUCUUUUAAUAGAUUUAAAGGAAUUGGUCAUGGAAAAGUGAGAAUCAGUAUCUAUCCACAUAUGUACAAUACAAGACAGACCCUUAAUAAACAUGUUGUUCACCAUCUAUCAUACACAUCAUGUGUGGAGGCUGAACACCUACAGCCUCAGCACAUGUUCUUGGGGUGAGGCUCAUUACUCAUGUAAUUCUCUUUGGUGUUGCUUCUGCAGAUGGCCUCACUCCUCUGGACUGUGCUUCUGUCCACACUGCUGUCUGCUCAAACCUGUAAAGCUGUGGAUGAGACGGAGCUGGGGGGACUUGUGGCCAACCUACUUAAUGUCUAUCGACCAACUUAUAAGGUUCAUGGUGACACUCCCACGUUUACUUUGGCUGUGAGUAUCCCGUACAACCCAGCAACCAGAAGCUAUGACUUGAGCCAAGUGACUGCAGUGGACGAUGGCCAAACCGUGAAAAACUCCCUGGACAACUGUGAGGUGUAUGUGGGCAACAGAGUGAUCGGGGCCAUGGUCCGCAAAUGGCCUGAUGUCAUACAACAGUGUCCCAAUGCAGUUGUACCUACAGAGUGGUCAUUUCUGAGAGACGUGUGUCCAAAUUUUCCCUUGGGACUUGGGACUUGGGACAAUUUAAGACAGCUGUGCACAAACAGCGUGAACAAAAAAAUAGCCAAGUCGCCAAAUGGUGCAGUAGAUCAUGCCGAGUAUCUUGUGUUGCAGAGUUUUAACCAUUUUGUCAAUAAGCUUAACAAUGGGCAGUUGAAUCGAAAUGACCUGAUGCUUUUUUACUCUUACAAGUCCCCAUGUGACAGUAGAUGUGCUAGUCUUACCAACCAUUUCAGAAUCGUCCAGUCCAUCACAGGCAUCAACAGCUGGGCAAACCAUGCUCUUGUUUUUUCGAAUAUCUUUGUGCCGACAAAGACCAAGUUUACCCCAGAACAACUUGAAGCAAACCGUCGCACUGCACUCACCAAUCUCGGAAAUGCCAUACAGGGUGUGGGUAACAUAUACCGCUGCCGUGUUGGGGCCAAUCGUUGCACUAGCUGUGAGGUGCCAACAGGGGUCUCUAAUACUUGUGUGAGCGAUAAUACCCGCAGCAGAAGUACCUCUCCAACUGGAAAGUAAUACUGUAUGUUACUUCCAUAUGUAAAUUCACAUUAAAUCAGCAAAUUACAAAA